GAGAAGAACUGAGCCGAGCACCGCGCACCCCGCUGCGUCCCGGUGUCCAUCCUGCCCGCCGCAUGCAGCGCAGCCUCUCGCCGAUUGUCUGGUCCAGGCCUCGAUGAGGAGCCCAAACAUGGAGACGUUCAAGCAGCAGAAGGUGGAGGAUUUUUAUGACAUCGGAGAGGAGCUGGGGAGCGGCCAGUUUGCCAUCGUGAAGAAGUGCCGGGAGAAGAGCACAGGUCUGGAGUAUGCCGCCAAGUUCAUCAAGAAGAGGCAGAGCCGGGCCAGCCGUCGGGGCGUGUGCCGGGAGGAGAUCGAGCGGGAGGUGAGCAUCCUGCGGCAGGUGCUGCACCCCAACAUCAUCACGCUGCACGACGUCUAUGAGAACCGCACCGACGUGGUGCUCAUCCUCGAGCUAGUGUCCGGAGGAGAACUGUUUGAUUUCCUGGCCCAGAAGGAGUCGUUAAGUGAGGAGGAGGCCACCAGCUUCAUUAAGCAGAUCCUGGACGGGGUGAACUACCUUCACACAAAGAAAAUUGCCCACUUUGAUCUCAAGCCAGAAAACAUCAUGUUGUUAGACAAGACCAUCCCCAUCCCACACAUCAAGCUGAUUGACUUUGGCCUGGCUCAUGAAAUAGAAGACGGAGUUGAGUUUAAAAACAUUUUUGGAACACCCGAAUUUGUUGCUCCAGAAAUCGUGAACUAUGAGCCACUGGGACUGGAGGCCGACAUGUGGAGCAUCGGCGUCAUCACCUACAUCCUACUAAGUGGAGCGUCCCCCUUCCUGGGAGACACGAAGCAAGAAACACUGGCAAACAUCACAGCUGUGAGUUACGACUUCGAUGAGGAGUUCUUCAGCCAGACAAGCGAACUGGCCAAAGACUUCAUUCGGAAGCUUCUUGUGAAAGAGACCCGGAAGCGGCUGACCAUCCAAGAGGCUCUCAGACAUCCCUGGAUCAUGUCAAAAGCAGAAGCCAGAGCCCCUGAGCAGUGGAAGACACAACCUGCCCAGCUGAAGACCAAACGCCUGAGAGAGUAUACCCUCAAAUGCCACUCAAGCAUGCCCCCCAACAACACUUACGUCAACUUUGAGCGCUUUGCCCAUGUGGUAGAGGAUGUGGCUCGGGUGGACAAGGGAUGCCAUGCCCUAGCGGGAGCCCAUGACACCCUGCAGGAUGAUGUGGAGGCCUUGGUCGCUAUCUACAACGAGAAGGAGGCUUGGUACCGAGAGGAGAACGAGAAUGCCCGCCAUAACCUGUCCCAGCUCAAGUAUGAGUUCCGUAAGGUGGAGUCCCUGAAGAAGCUCCUGAGAGAAGACAUCCGGACCACAGGGGCCAGCCUCGGAGGCAUGGCCAGGAAGCUAGACCAUCUGCAGGUGCAGUUUGAGGCUCUGAGGCAGCAACUCUCGGCAGACAUCCAGUGGAUGCAGGAACUGGUGGGCAGCUCCCAACUGGAGCGUGGGAACACGGAUGGUUACGGUCUGGGCUCCAUGUUCCACCAGGACACCAGUGAGUCCCUGUCGGAGCUGCUCAAGAGAUCACACACAGAGGAAAUCCUGACCGGCUUGAAGCUCUGAGCGCCAGAGUCUAGUCAGUAGUGCAUUCCCAGUGCUUUGCAGAAGCAUGCUGUCUUCUACUCUACUGGGGCGUCCCACCGGAAUUAUCCUGCAGAGUGUACGUGCAUUCUUCUACUCCCUCUAGAGUUUCCCAGCCACCAAGGUGCUAGUUAGUGAUUUACUUUGCACUCCUUCACCAGCCUGGUUUUCUGAGAGGGCGCUGACACAGCAAGCUGAGCUGUGGAAACAAUUAGAAAAUACAUCCCCGCAGCAUGCCCUUCUCCAGGGGGUAUCUGCCAGCCCCCAGGAGAUACUUGAUAACUGAGUAAUGAUGACAGAUUGGCUCACCUCUCAGGUUCCGUCCGCAUGCCUUGAGUGCAGAUCUUGGGUAAUGAUCGACAUAACUAAGAAUAACUUAGUCGGCAGGUUGCUUUCCUGUUACAGAGUCAGGAUUUUAAAAUAUGCAGAGAAAUAUUAACUUUCUUUUAGAUUGUCUUCUCACUCAUCAAGUGUUUAUGUCUGUGACCUUAUUAAUUUGUAAAGCACUCUGUGAGAUAAGAGGCUGGGAUAUAGCUCAGUUUCUAGAGUACUUGCCUAGCAUCUGCAGAACCCCGGACUGUAUCCCUAGCAUAGCAUAAACUGAGCUUGGUGGUACACACCUCUAUCUGGUACUUAAGAGGAGGAGUUAGAAGGAUUGGAAAAUUAGAGUUAUUUCUGGCUAUAUAUUGUGUUUGAGUUAAAGGCCAGCCUGGGGUAUAUGGGACCCUGUCUUGGGGUGGGGUGUAGCUCUGUGAGCUGAGAAAGUGAAUGACAGUAUUGUUACUAUUCAUUUCUCUGUAGCCAAUGAAAAAAUUGACUCAGAGAAGGAGAAUGAGUUAGGAUGAUUCAUAACCUGUUGGAAACCCAUGUUUGAGGUGAGGUAUGGAAGAAGUUUCGUGAGACUUAGCUGUAAAUAUCCAUCUUAAUAGUAAAGUCCUGAUCCCAGAGGCUAAGGGGUCAACUUUACAUUGAAAAUGAAGAUGAGAGGCAGACAACAAGGAGGUGUUUAUUCAUGUCUUCUGGGCCAGUGGGCCCUGAAGUGUGGGAAACCUCAGAGAGCUUUGGGAAGCACAAGGCUCAUUGGUCUCUUCUAGCACCAAAACUUUGAGCAUCAGGAGGUUUGUGUGAUGUCAUCUCCCUUUCCCAGAAGGAAGGCCCAUCAGUACAUCCAUGCAGACAGCACAUAGAAUAUGGCCCCUGAACCCCACAUGAUGCUAGGAGCUUGGGACUGGGGAUAAACUGUGUUGGUUUCAAGCACCUCCACAGCCUUGCAAAACACCUAUAGUAUUUUUUAUUAAAUAUCAUUCUCAGGUUAGUGAGAAAACAAAGAAUGUGACUUGUCCUGGGUCAUCAUAAGGUUAGUGAUAAAAGUAGGAGCCUUCUGAUGAUUCCGUAGCUCUUUCUGACUCCCUUAACUGCUUGGACUCUAGGAACUUACGCUCUGCUUAAGGAGAUGCGUGAUACCCAAGUUCAUCCAUCCCUUCAGACAUAGUUAGCAGGCGCCUGCCAGUUUCUAAAUAGUUGACUUGAGUCCGGGGAUGUGGUGUCAAGUAAUAUCAAGCUGGUUUUCUGCUUCCCUGGAGUUCUCAGUUGAGUGGUAGUUUCUAGCAUUAAUCAAGAGUUCUAUAACUGCAGAACUACAGCUGGUUCCCAUGUUCUGAAAGAGAAGUAGGCAGUACUGCAAGGCCUACAGUCAGACAGACAGACAGACAGACAGACACAGACAGAUAGACAGACAGACACAGACAGACAGACACAGACAGAGACAGAGUGGAGUUGAUCUGCUCGGGGCAUGUAUGGAGGACACUGGGGCUGUGGUCAGCUAAGGAAACCAAGGAGAGGAGUGUCCCUCAUGGGGCCAUCAUAUCAGUGUUCUGUGGUAAGAGGGAAUGGAAAGAAAACUGAGGAAGAGAGAAUGGGAGUUAUAGAGUGUGGAGAUAGCUGAGGACGAGCAGAACCAGCAGGACUUUGGCAUGUUGAGGAGUUCAUGGGAGAAAUUCUCAGUGGGUAGCGCAGACUAGAUCUUGAUCUAACAAAGCCAUUCUUUAGAAUUUUAUAUAUAUAUACAUAUAUAUAUUAAAUUAGCAAGCUGGAUCAUAUAUCACAUAUAUUUAAUAACUGUAAUCAAAAUUAUUUUAAUCAAAUAUAAGAAACCACAAUGCAUGAUGUGUGAUCAUUUUAUGGACAAUUAAGAAAGAAAAAAAAUCCCGUCAAGGGCAGUCUCUAGGAGGUACUACACAAUGAGAGGGCGACCGAGAGACAAUGUCACCGUGCAGAAGGGAAAGCUGGAAACACACCCAGCUGCACUUGGACCCUGGGUGGAGAGGAAAAACUCAGAGCAGAAGGCCUUUGCACCAUUAUUCUGGGAUUGAACCACCUCAGUGUGCAGCAGGAGAACCUCAAGCAGGGACUGCCGUACCCCACAGUCGAAGGCAGGGGGACCCCACCUGGCUCCCCAAAGCUGUGCGGUCUUUUCUCCUGGUGACCUGCUUCAGUCUGGCCCACAGUAAUGAGAUGCCACAUUGAUCAAUACUGCUGAUGUCUGAGGUCUGACAUUGCACAUCCUGGAAUCAAGGAAAGAUUACAGAACACUGUGCCUCCCCCUAAAGACAAAUGACUCUGCAAUUGCUUCAAAGUCCUGUAUGCCCCGUCAUGGAAUGUUGCAUACUUGUUUGGUACAAGACACUAUGAAUAUUAAAGGUUCUUUUGAUUGCAU